GUUUGCGGCUGCCGGCUGCUCGCAGUCCGCGUUUUCAGAUUGAAAAUAUAAACAAAACAAGUUUAGGUUGCUUGUCAAAGGAAUUUCGGCCUUUAUUUAAUUCUUCCCAGAAGAUUAGAGAUCAACCAUGGUUGACGAAGUUCAGCGGCACUCGGUGCACACACUAGUAUUUAGAUCUUUAAAACGUGCUCACGACCUGUUCAUCACAGAGCACAAUAAGCUUCCCGACAAAGACCCUGUUGCUGAGAAAAUCUGGCGAUCAGUGAAAGCGAGGGAUCAGUACGGCUCGAUUGUGGACACAGUGAGGAGGAAGAAGGCGCUUCAGCCGCAAGUCGAUGACCUCAUGGCCGCGGAUGAGAAUUUGGCAGCGAUAGCCGAGGAGCCUAUGUCGGCCAUUGCGAACACUCCUUCGAACAGCAUGAGCCUGGCCGUGGUGCCUCAGCAGCAGCAGCAAAACACGACUCAGGCCCUGAUCCCCCGCAGACCGCACUCGAUGCCCAAACCAAAGUGGCACGCACCUUGGAAGCUCUGCAGAGUGAUCUCUGGCCACCUUGGCUGGGUCAGGUGCGUCGCUGUGGAGCCGGCAAACGAGUGGUUCGUCACGGGCGCCGCCGAUCGAGUUAUCAAGGUCUGGGACCUGGCGUCGGGCACGCUCAAGGUGUCCUUGACUGGACACAUUUCGACCGUCAGAGGACUGGCUGUCAGCCCUAGGCACCCUUAUUUGUUCAGUUGUGGAGAGGAUCGGCAGGUCAAGUGCUGGGAUCUUGAAUAUAACAAGGUUAUUAGGCAUUACCAUGGACAUUUGUCAGCCGUGUACUGCCUAGCUUUGCACCCGACAAUUGAUGUGCUGAUCACAGCUGGUCGAGAUUCAACAGCUAGAGUGUGGGACAUGAGGACCAAGGCCAACGUCUUCACACUCACCGGGCACACCAACACAAUUGCAAGUGUUCUGUGUCAAGCUGCUGAGCCACAAGUUAUUACUGGUAGUCACGAUUGCACCAUUCGACUGUGGGACUUGGCCGCAGGAAAGUCUCGCUGCACACUGACCAACCACAAAAAGAGCGUCAGGGCGCUCGCUCUUCAUCCCAAUUUGUACAUGUUUGCAUCAGCCAGCCCUGACAACAUCAAGCAGUGGAAGUGCCCUGAAGGAAAAUUCAUCCAAAACCUAACGGGCCACAACGCCAUUAUCGAGUGCAUGGCUGCCAACAGUGACGGCGUUUUGGUCAGUGGAGCAAACAACGGCUCAAUCCACCUUUGGGACUGGCGCACCGGCUACAAUUUCCAGAGACUUCAGGCUCCAGUUCAACCUGGUUCUAUGGAUUCGGAAGCUGGGGUCUACGCAAUGACUUUUGACCACUCAGGAAGCCGAUUAAUCACAACAGACGCAGACAAGACCAUCAAAAUCUACAAGGAAGACGAUUCUGCGUCGGAGGAGUCUCACCCUGUGAACUGGCGACCAGACUUGAUGAAGCGAAAGCGUUACUAAAUAUCCAGUGGAAUUCCAACUUUUCUAUAAUUUUAAGAUCAAAUAAAAUCGUAUGGUUUCAAUGA